AUGUCCAAGGACGACGUGGGCUGCAAGCUGACUUCGGUCUACAAGCACAAGGAGAGGAAGCCAAAGAAGCCUCACUACAUCCCAAGGCCAUGGGGCAAACCCUACAACUACAAAUGCUUCCAGUGCCCCUUCACCUGCAUGGAGAAGUCCCACCUCUACAACCACAUGAAGUACAGCCUGUGCAAGAACUCCCUGUCCCUCCUCAUCGAGUCCGACUGGCCCUACAAGAAGGGGAACCUGCUGCACCCAGAGCUGCGGCUCCUGCACACGGAGCCCUCCCGGCUGCGCGGGCGGAGGGAUGAGCAGGACACCUGUGACUCCUCGGCCACCUCGGUGGGGUCGGGCCGGACCAAGCAGACUCCAGGCAGGGAUGGCCAUGAGGACAAGUCAGGAGUGGAGAUCCUGCCUGCUGAAGGAGCUGGUGAAGAGGGUGGCCAGUUCCAGGAGGAGGAGGAGGACGUCGCAGGCCUGCUGCGGGAGAUGGAUGCGGGGGAGAAGAAAGAGAAAAGCGAAGAGGCAGGUUGCCAAGGUGACCCAGCUGAACCAGAAGUGAAUGCUUUGGUCUUCGGCUUCAAGAACAAGAGGGACAACAAGCCUUGCAAGGAGGUGGAGCCUGACUUCAUCAUCACGGAUGUCUUCUCCCUCAAGAACCAUGUCAUGAAGAGCAGGGAAAUGGCCUCCCCUGACCUAGAUGCUAAGCCAAAGCAUUGCAAAGUGCCAAAGAAAUGCCUGGCCAGCGGUGGGAUCCUCAUGGAGCAGUGGAAGCUGGUGGCAAACGGGCAAAGGAGGAAUACACCUGAGGUCUCCCCGCCUUGUACUGACAGCAACAUCAUCCCGUGCUAUCCACCUCCAGCCUACAGUGACUACCAUGAACCUCAGGGCCUAAACCUCUCACUGCUGGGUAUCAACUACCCAUUAAACCCCAGUCUCUUCUCCUACCUGAGCCCCACCAUGGCCAACAGCACGACAACACACCCACACUUGGCUCAGCUGCCCUUCCUGGCUUCCACAGCCCAGCUGAUGCACCCACAUGCCUCCCACUUCCAACCUCUGCAGACCCCCGAGCGCUCAGCCUUCCUUCCCCGCUUCUACUACCCCUUGCUCUUCGAGCACACCUUCGGCUCCACUGACAGCAAGAUGUCCUCCAGCAAGCCAGACACCCAGCAGCUGGUGGGCUCAGUCAUGCCCACACCACCCCAGGCCAAACCUCCCAAUGAGCCAACCAAACCCGGGCUGCUGAAGGUACCCAUCCUGAAGACAGGUUUUCCUUGGUCCAAAGGUGUCCGGGAGGAGCCAGGCUCUGAGCUCAGCCACCCUGCCAUGCUGGAGCAGGAAGAAGAAGAGAAAUGGCUGUCCCAGGAGAAGGAGGGCAGCCCAGCUUUGGGCCUCACCAACCUGCGCAAAAAGCCAGCCACUGACAUCUACCAAACCGUGGUGGGGGUGAAGGAUGGUGCUUUCACCCACGGCGGCGUCCGGAAGACAGAGCUGGGAGUGGUGACCUGUCUGGAGACCAGCAGCCCUCCAGGAAACGCACUGAAGAGGAAGUUCCCAGCCAACGGGCUGGAUUUGAUAGGACCUGAGAGGAUGAUGCCUGAAAAACUCAGCUACCUGGGCAGCGGUUCAAGGGCCAACGCUGGCCACAUCCCCAAGGUCCUCGACCACUGGCACACAGAGGUCCUCGCAGGGCAGCCUGAGGAACCAGAGAGGGGCAAUGACACCGAAGUCUUUCCCUCUGUGGGUGCUGCCCUGGACUACGGUCUCUGCAAGCAGAGCAGACCCCAGGAGACAUCUGCCACCAUGACAGACCCUGAGGCAACAACCGUGCUCAUCGGGGACCUGUCCAAAACCUUGGAGGAGUACCAGGAGGUGGAGAAGAAACUGUCUGAUCUGGCAAAGGACGACACCCCUGGGCAAAAAGAGCUGAGGGACCAGCUGGUCAAAAUACGAAGGGAGCUCUACCACAUCCACCAGGCACUGGAGAAAGCCACCAAACCCCACGAGGGGCCGCUGGACCUGUCGGUGAAGAGAUCCCCAGAAGGUCUGGAGAAGGUCCAGCAGGCCAAGAAGGAGCCCUGCAACAUGAGCCUGGGAAGUGAGAAGCUCCACGGCAAAGACCAAGGGCCCCUCAGCAAAUGUCCGGCCACGGGGGAGGCCAGAGAUGGGGAGGGGCUGCCCAGCUGCCUCCUCGAGGCUGAGAACAAAACCAUCGACCUGCUGAUCAAGAUGAGCCGCUCCGAGAGCCUCCGGGCGGCCUCGUCCGAGGGCCCCCUGGGCGCUGUGAUCAAGGCCGAGGUGCUGCCGCUCUCAGUGCCCCUGGAGCUGCGGCACGUCAUGGAGCCCUACUACAGCCGCACCACCAAGUGUGAGGCCGACUCCAGCGUCCUGCUCUGCUCCGACGGCAGGUCCGGCACCACCCAGGGCCCUCAGCUCCCGGUCCCUGCUGAGGAUGGGCCCCUGGGCUGCCGGGCCAUGCAGCGCUCCCUGUCCCGUGGCCUUCCCGGCGACACCGACGCCGUGUGUGUCCACAGCCCUCUGCAUGCAGACCCCUAA